AUGAACACUUUUCUGACCUGUCUGCCCUACUGUCGAUUUUUCUCCGUCGCUCCAGGUGACUACUGGAUAGAUCCAAACCAGGGUUGCCAUAGAGACUCAUUCAAGGUGUUUUGUAACUUCACCGCAGAGGGAGAUACGUGUCUUUACCCUGCUAAGAAGUUCCAGUCGGUAAAAUUAGCAGCCUGGAAAGGAGAAAAGUCUAACACCUGGUACAGUAAAUUCAGGAAAGGAAAGCAGAUUUCCUACUCGGGGGCGGACGAGGUCCCGGUCCACGUGGUCCAGCUGACCUUCCUGCAGCUGCUGAGCGCCACGGCCAAGCAAACGUUCACCUACCACUGCCUGAACUCGGCCGCCUGGCUGCACGCCGCCUCCUUCAGCCACCAACACGCACUGCGCUUCAGAGGCGCCGACGGGGAGGAGCUGACGCACGAGAACACACAUUACAUCAGCGCGCUGUACGACGGGUGUCAGACGCGCUCGGGGCAGGAGAGGACGUUGUUUGAAUUUGACGCUCCACUGUCCACCACGCUCCCAAUCAUCGACGUGGCCGUGCCAGAUUUUGGGAAGGGGAACCAGAAAUUCGGUUUCCAAGUCGGGCCGGUCUGCUACAACGGUUAACAAGCCGGAGGAGAUUACAACAGGAGUAAUUUAAUAGUGAAAAGAGCCAUGGACACUUUUUACAUGCAGGGAGAAAACUACAUUCAAGACUUACCUGGUGCCACAUAUUUAUAAGUAGAUUUACCUACAACAGUGUUCCUUCGUGUAAACAUUCUGUCAUACGGACAUUUAUUCACUCUCCUUAAUUCAUCUUAUUCAUCUCAUGCAUUCUCACAACUGACUUGCAUAUCUUGUUUUCGAGAGCAGUGAAGCGUAAAUGUAUUGAAUGUCAAUCACAUCCGAAGUUACACACAUUUCAUUUGUCUGUCCUUCCUCUUUCAAGAAGUGGUGCUCUUACUGUUUUAUCCUUGUCUGUUUAUACGUUUAUUGAUCUAUGCACUCAUUCCAAUCCAUAAAAGAUCUUUCACCAAACUUUAUUAUUACUGAAUUAUCCUGAAAAAUACAAAAACACCACAUUUCAGCAACAUUCACCCACCAUGUUUUUCUGUUAUAUCAUCAAACCUCAAUUUGCUGUGUUGUUUUUGUUUGUUGUUGUACUUUUGUUGUUAUGAUUUUCUGUUAUCAGAUGUAUACUGGAGUGUUAUUCAUCACGGUGCUAUCAUGUGGCUCCUUGUGGAGUACAUUUAUUUGUAAAGGGGAAGUGGGGCAGUGCAUUUUUUUUAUAUUGUGAAGUGUGUUUUAUAUUUUUUCAACACCUAAAAACAAACUGUGGCACAUUAUUGCCUCAAGGUCUUUCUAUGCAUAGUUGUAUGGGGGAAAUGACGGAGUAACAUAUUUUAAUAAAAGUACAAAAUGUACAUUUAAAUUAAGAUAUUGAGAUUUAGAUUUGUUGAAUAGGUUAGUUAAGUAGAGGAAAGCAAAGAAACACAUCAACUGCUCUACAGCUUGAAAUUCCCUUCAGUGUCUCUUUUAUGUCUGCACUUUGAUCUGUUUUUCAUAAUAUUCACCCUGCACUUCUCUUUCCAGCGAUACAGGGGGGCUGAUGACUGCAUCAGUACAAUUUCAAUUAA